GCCGCGGGCUACGUCAUCAAGCCCGUGGCGGGCCGCGCGGGUGCCAACAUCUCGAUCGUCGAUGUCCAUGGCAGUGUUGUAUCGCAGUCGGACGGCCGCUGGAGCAACGAUACGCCCGUGUACCAAGAGCUGGCGCUGCUCCCAAAGCACAACGGCAAGUACGUGCAACUCGGCACGUGGGCGAUUGGCGGCGAGUAUGGCGGCACGAUUAUCCGUGCCGACGCCAACAAGAUCAUGGGUCUCGAGUCGUUCGUCUACGCGAUGCGCGUCAUCGAGUAG